CUUUUCAAUCCUGCCAGAACAUCACCAUAGUACCAGCAAAGUCUGAAAAUGGCAGAACUGUCAGAAAUUCUGGAUCUAUUAUGGAAUCCUCCCCGAAAAGCUGACCGCCAUCCUGAGAUGCCAAGACUUAACCCAUCUAAGCCCGAGAAUUUCCAAUACUACAAAAACUGGGGGUUUGCGAUUUAUCGCACAUAUUAUGGUCCCGAAUCAGACCAUCACUGGAAUGUUCUUCUCCAGGCAUUGAGGCAACAAACCCCGCUAUCUAUUGGGUAUUACGAGAGUGAAGAGGCUGAAGACCUCUGGAAGAGGCACGCAAAUGGGCGCCGCGGGUAUUGGAAAAUGAGGGCCAAUUAUUUAGCCUCACUAGACAUAUUCAAGAGCUUGUUUCGUCUAUUUCCGCAUCAGGAUCCUUCUCAUCUUGAGGGUCUCGACAUCAAUGGCAUACGAGAGGUUUGUUGGAAACAACAUCAUGAGGCAAAGCAGAAGAUGGCAGGGGCCAAGUUCUGUUUCGCACUGGUUGCUGACAAGGCGGUACUGGAUGGCAUCGCACGAAACGAAUUUGUUGUAAAGGCAGUUGGCUACGACUGGGGUGGACAGAUACAAGACGGUCGCUGGGGUUGGGUACGGCUGGAAACAGGCCGUUUGCUUGAACUUUGGGAAGCACUUCUGCUUGCCGACUUGCAAUCUACCAACAAGUAUUACUGGAUGAAGUGCGAUGGGCCAGAGAGCGAUUUAGAGACCGACAUCUGGACUGGAGACUGGUCCGUGCCUUGCUUAGACAUUCACUCUGAAGUUCAUACCAACUGAGAUGACUUGGUUAAAGUUUGACUAUUAAUUGAUAAAAGAAAGACC